AUGCUCAACCUUGAUGAAGAUGUGAAUGGAAUCAUGAUUCCCAAGGAUCUCAGAACUUUAUGGUUUGACCACGAAGAUCAGUUCCUGGAGGCGUUGGGAAUGGAACAUUUAUAUUCCGCAAUUGUCCAUAUGGAAUCACACCCUCUCUGUCUUACUCACCUGUUUCAUGCUUUUAGCAGGGUGGCCAAUGAUACAGACAUGGGCACCAGCAACCGACAAUUCUGGCCUAUACCCUCUCCACCACGCAUGAUUCCCAGCAUGAUGUCGGAUAUGAAUAUACCUUGGCUAUCUCUGACCAGAGAGGAUACAGAUGUCGCAGAUGAGUUUGACAACAUGGAGACAGGUGGCGCUGAUGAAAACAAUAACAUCGACCCAGGACUGAGUCCUCAGAUGGUUGCAAAGUGUCCGCCAAAAUGGCUGAAGGAAAUAUCCUCUGCUUUGCCAUCUGUUCAUUCUGUGCCUCAAAUCUCUCACUCUACACCAAACAUGGCAACACCUGUUGAUCUUUCAUUCACAUCGCCAGUUCCAUUAGAUCCUAUUUCCUCUGACACUUUGACACGCAAUGAAUCGCAUGAGACAACACAUGCAAAUGAAGAUGUUUUGAUGAAUCCUGAUGCUGACAAUGCUGAUCGCAUUGGUCCAACAGCUGCAACUAUUGAACCUUCGUUGUCACAAGAGCAAGAUGUUUUCAUGGAUGUGUGCCCAACCAUGGACAAUGAGGUAGAUAACAACAUGUUCAAACAUGGUGAAAUAAUCUUGGAUUGUGAUGUUGCUGGCCUGUCCUCUAAUGCCCCAACCCAAAUCAUGUCACUAAUACAACCUAUUACAGACAGUGCAGAGGACUCAGUUGAUCAAUGGAUGUUGUCAGUACGAUACUCUGAUUUGUACCACCAUCAUCCUGACCUGGAUCUUAUAAUCGGAGUGUUAGGAAAACAUGUUCCAAACACCAGUAAGACGAUCACAUGGAAGGAUGGCCAUCUCACAAUUCUCCCUACUGUGUAUGAUGAAUUGAACAUUAAUGUUUGCGAUUCCGUGGACAUCCCCAUAAUCAAAUUCAUUUCCCAAUUUCUAAUAUCUACCCCUGCCUCCAAAUAUGUUAUUUAUCUCCCCACUGAUACACUUUCUCAUCACAAUAUACUUGAUGCAGUUGGAUUGGCGCUCAGUCAGAACAAACCUGUUGUUAUCAGAGGUGUUGGGCCACAUCAACCAUGGACCAAUCUCUCUCCCAAGUAUCUUGACAGAAUCUUUGCCCUCUCACCAUAUCGAUUAGUGUGUAUUCAUGACUUGAAGAUAUGUUCACAAGAUCAUGUCAAUCUCAUGCUUUCUGGUACCAUCGCUUCCUUCUUUGAAUCCAUGAUAGAUAAGACAAAGAUCCAAUGUGUCCUGGACUUACCGCUCGCACAAGUAGCCCUUCCGGAACCACUACAAAACAUUGAUCAUGGACUGGUUCACGGAUGGAACCAAAUGAUGCACAGCAUUCCAAUUACAUCCAAAGUGCACCCUGAGAACUUUACAGUUAAGGGAUGGGGAUUGCUGCACCACACUGGAUUCCUCACAUAUCCCCAUCAUGACACUGAAGGGAUGCUUACCUGGACAAGGAUGGAAGUUGGUGUGAAAUUCUGGGUCAUUUUUAGGCCAAAGGAUCAACAAAACAGUCAUCUUCACUUGCAAAACUUCAUCACAAAUCUAGUUGACUUUACAUUGCACAAGGGAAUUCUGCCACCCAGUACGGUACAUGCCAUCUAUACCCCGGUAUUAUCUGUUGCAACUGGUGGUCAUUUCUAUCAUUACAUGUGCAUGCAUCUUACGGAGCUCAUAUGUUAUAUCGAUGCUGAGAAUAUGAGUCCUGUACAGGAGAUCACGAAGUUGCCUCAAUAUUGCGCUGAGGGUAGUAAUGUAAGAAUCACGUUUUCUCUUAUAUUCUCGAUAGCCACCUACAUUCUUCAUUCAGAAAUUGAUUUAGUACGUUUAUUGGUGUUGGGCAUUACUUGGCAGGACUACACUGUCACAUUUAGUGACGGUGCUGAAAUGUGUUUGCAACAAAUAUUCGUAACACAUGCACCAUACUAA